UGUAUUUUAAAGUUUGACGUAGCUAUGCGUGAGGGGUGAAUUAUUACAUGUUUUGAAACACUGAAUUUGGCUUUGGAAUACCACAUUUCGAUUUUGCGUUGACAUUGACGGCUUAACGUACGUCGUAGGUAGCUAACGUAGGCUACAGUAUCAGCAACAAGCUAGCUAGUUAGUCUGUAUUUGUCCUGAAGGAAUUGAUGUUGUAGUUAGCUGACUAUAAUCCCUGUCAGUGUGCAUAGCCUAAAACACAUGAAUCACGUUGAUUGUCGAUAUUGAUUUAUUAUCUAAACACACAUGGAGUAUUGAGCUAACGACAGUUAGCUGCUGCUGUCUCAUUAAUUGAUCGACUUUUCCAACCAGCCAGUAUUUUGGACCUGGCCCAGCCUUUGUGGGGAGCAGAAGAGUCUGAGUCAGAGCUGAAGAUGGUCUGAUGGACCUCCGCUUUUUACUGACUUUCCUCUUCUGCUCAGUCUCGUGGAUCUUCUUCUGGGAAGUGCGCUGGAAGAAAGGCAAAGAAAGUCAGAUUGAAGAAUGGAUUCAAGGCCACAGUCUCUCCGAAUACAAACACUUAUUUGAAGAUGUGCAGACUCUGGAGGAGCUGAGCCUGAGUAUUCUGACACGUCUGGAGUACGUGGUGAGAGAGAAGCGGCGCUGGAGGGACAUCGCAGAGGCUCACAUCCAGCUGCUGCGAGACUUUGCCUUCCAGGAGUGGCUCUGCUCUCAGAGCCUUGAGCACUACUAUCAUACACUGAAGACCUUGGGUUGUAUGACUCUGGAUGAUCUAGCCCAGUUUGACAGCCGGUUGCAGCUCUCUCUGGCUGCGUGGGGAUACUACUACGAAGACUACAUCAAGCUGUCCACGGGCGUCAAGGUUCUCCAGGCCUCUAGGGGGAGCCGCGACCAGGACUACGAGAUCCAACUCGUGCACAGCCUUGCUGAAAGGCGCCUGAAUGAGAAGUGGUCUAUCGCGGGAGCUUUUAUAUUUGGCUGUACUGUGGCACUGUGCUUUCUGAUAAGGGACCUCAUGUUUUACGUGAUUGGUGGAAUUACUGUUUCCAUCAUAGCGUUUGUCUUUACCAUCAAGUUCCUAUGUGAGCUUGCUGCGCGGGUGGUUAGCUUCCUGCAGAAUGAGGAUCCUGGGAGAAGGGGCGACCGCAGCAUCUACGACUAUGUACGAGGGAACUACCUGGACCCGCGCUCCUGCAAGGUGUCCUGGGAUUGGAAGGACCCAGAGGAAGUGGGCCAGACAAUGAGCUUCCGUGUUCAGCUCUUCUACAAGAACGGCCAGCCCUUCCCUGCCCACCGACCCGUGGGGUUAAGGGUCAACAUCACCCACAUAGAGCUGGCCCUAGACAUCCCCAUCACCCAGGAGGUUCUGCAGGAGCCAGAGUCCAAUGUGGUCAAAGUGGCCUUCACUGUCCGCAAGGCCGGACGCUAUGAGGUGGCUGUCAAACUGGGAGGACUCAACGUGGCCUACAGCCCUUACUACAAGAUAUUCAAGCCAGGGACAGUGGACCCGUCCAAAACGAAGAUAGCCUACCACUUCUCCACCCUGGUCUUAGUAUAUGGCCAGCAGCAUACCCUGCAGAUCGAGCCUCGGGACGAGUAUGGCAACCCCACCAGUAACUCCACCUCACUCAUAGACGAAGUCAACUACAGCGUCCACGUCCACUCGCUGGGCACGGUGGAUGAUGACAGCCUGGAGGAGUACUACAGUAAGUCAGUGUCAUCCAACAAGCAGCUGUGCCAGGUACUGCUGAAAAUCACCCUGAGGAAGAAGGGCUGUUUCCGGGCACGCAUCUCCUAUACCGACCUGCCCCUCAGCAACGGGGAGUUCGACAUCAUUGUUCUCAGUGAGAAUGAGAAGAACUGUGUGGAGAAGAACGUAUCCACCACAGGGAUCAGCAUAUACUUUGAGGCGUACCUCUACGGCACAGGGAACUACAGUAACUACAGUAACUCCUCGUGGCAGCUCCCAGCCUCGGCUCUGAUGGCCCCUCAGAGACGGCCCUCCAUGGGGGACGAGGAGGACGAGCAUGACUCCCCUGUAGAGGGCCAGCCAGAGAAGGUCAAGAAACCAAAAAAGGUCUACUGCUACAUAUCGCCAAAGCAACUGUCAGUGAAGGAGUUUUACCUGAAAAUCAUUCCAUGGCGCCUUUUCACAUUUCGAGUUUGCCCAGGGACAAAGUUCACAUACUAUGGCCCUGACCCCGUUCACAAGUACUUGACUCUUGUGGUGGAUGAUGGAAUCCAGCCGCCAGUGGAGCUGAGCUGUAAAGACAGAAACAUCAUGGCUGCCACCUUCAUCCGUUUCCUGCACAAGAAUAUCGGUGGCUCGGAGACGUUCCAGGACAAGGUAAGCUUCUUCCAGAGGGAGCUCAGACACAUCCACUCCAAGAGACCUCGCACCAAGACCUGCCUGAAGAUCACACGCCACUGCAUCCUGGACUCUUCUCUGAAAUCCACCCGGAACUUCUCCGUGUCAGACUGGAGUAAGAACUUUGAGGUGGUGUUCCAGGAUGAGGAAGCUCUGGACUGGGGAGGGCCGCGAAGGGAGUGGUUUGAGCUCGUCUGUAAGACUCUGUUUGACACCACCAAUCAGCUGUUUACUCGCUUCAGUGACGACAACCAGGGCCUGGUCCACCCCAACGCUGAGCGGCCGGUCCACCUGCGUCUGAAGAUGUAUGAGUUUGCGGGACGCGUGGUGGGGAAGUGCCUCUACGAGUCAGCCUUGGGUGGGGCCUACAAGCAGCUGGUCCGCGCUCGCUUCACCCGCUCCUUCCUGGCCCAGCUCAUCGGACUCAGGAUGAACUACAAGUACUUUGAGACGGAUGAUCAGGAGUUCUACAAAACGAAAGUCUGCUUCAUCCUAAACAAUGAUGUCAGUGAAAUGGACCUGGUGUUUGCUGAGGAGAAGUACAAGUCAGGACAGCUGGAGAAGGUGGUGGAGCUGAUAUCUGGAGGAGCUCAGAUUGCUGUCAACAAUGAGAACAAGAUGCAUUAUCUGAACCUGCUGGCCCAGUACAGGCUCGCCAGUCAGGUGCGAGAUGAGGUGGAGCAUUUUCUCAAAGGUUUGAAUGAACUUGUUCCAGAGAACCUCCUGGCCAUAUUUGAUGAAAAUGAGCUGGAGCUGUUGAUGUGCGGUACGGGGGACAUCAAUGUCCAGGACUUCAAGGCCCAUGCUGUGGUCGUAGGAGGGUCGUGGCACUUCAGAGAGAAGGUGAUGAAGUGGUUCUGGGCCGUGGUGUCCAGCUUCACCCAGGAGGAGUUGGCUCGCCUGCUGCAGUUCACCACCGGCUCCUCCCAGCUUCCCCCUGGGGGCUUCAACACCCUCUGCCCCUCAUUCCAGAUCAUCGCUGCUCCCACACACAGCACCCUGCCCACCGCACACACCUGUUUUAACCAACUGUGCCUCCCCACCUAUGAUUCCUAUGAGGAGCUGCACAAGAUGCUGAAGCUGGCCAUCAGUGAGGGCAGUGAGGGCUUUGGCAUGCUCUGAGUGGCCCUAUCCCUGGAGCUCACCCCCAGACUGGUCACACUGUGGUCCUGCUCAUACAGCAGUGGGGUACCAAUGACACCAGCACCAACCAGGCUCCUGGUACGCCCGUUACCCUCUCCAUCCGCUUUGGACAAUGGACAUCCCUCCUCAAUCACACGGACUACCCAUGAUCCUCUUUCAGUGGUAGAGGGCUUUAAAGGAAGUCCACAGGACGUCCCAGUAGGCUCUGGGACAUCUUCAGGUGUCUGCACUAUGUGUAUAUUCUGUACAAUGUUUGCUUUUCUAAUGAAGAAAAUCACCUAGUGUUAGAAAAGGCUGGGUAGUUUUAUUCUAGAUGUUAGAGUUGUUUAAUUUGACGUGUUUCAGACAGAAUAUAGAGCUAGUUAAAGAGCCUAGUGAGCUUGGUGUUGUUUUGGUUUUUUGAAUUUUAUUUUGGAAAAAAGCUGAGGAACAUUUAAAUGCAAAAGCAGCCAAAACAAAGUGUGGAGAAGCUGCGCACCCCAUAGCACUUUGGCCUUACCUGAUCAGGGAAGGAUGUGUGUGUGUAUAUAGUGCGAAAAGUAUGAAAAUGUAUGUACUCAUACUUUAAGUCGCUCUGCUAAAUGAUUAAAAUGUCAAAUGUAUAUAUAGUAUAUAUUAUAUCACUCUUUCAUUUCAAUAUGUGUACAUGCAUGUUAAAAAGUUGUCAUGUUAUAGCAGCAGUUCGGAUAUAUUUUCAAACAGAAGGGACUAAAGGUACUUGAUAGAUCUUUCAGGUCAUACCUUUUUAUUGGUGGGAGUUUAAUAUAUCACAGCCGAUUCAUUUCUUUUUUAGUUAUCGUCGUUUCCCAUCGACAAUUGACUUCAGUGUACAAAUACAUGGGUUUUCAAAAGAACAAACAAUUUACUAACCCAUGUCAGUGUGUCUGUUUUAACUUAUGGACAGAUUUAUGUUGUUUUCACCCAUACCGUUGAUGACUUGUUGAUGACAAUGUUAUUUGUCUUGAGCCAUAACAGUUUUUGUUUUAAAACCUGCCUUAUUCAAGCCCUUUGCCUCUGACUUAAUCUGGAAAAGUGUGUAGUUAAAAGAAGCCUAGACUAGCAAAAGUAUAACAAUUGGGAUAUUACUAUAAUAUUACUGUUGGUCGUUUUUGCAGUGGAAGUUUGACAUGGGAAUAUCAAUUGGAUGUUAACCUUGAGUUCCGAUCUCUUCACAGGUUAUCUUGAUAGCUGUCAUGUCUUGUGCUCUUGACUGUUGGUUUUCAUUCACCGCCUUGUCUGGGUUUACCUCUGGAUCUCAUCUAUGCAUCCCCUGUGUGUGUGUCCCUGUGUCCCUGCCCAUGUUUGUGUGAUCUCAGCUGCCUCGUCUCUAACUACUACCAUAGUGUGCCGUCUCUGACUCCUACAACUCGGUAGAUAAGCCACCUGAGUAAGGGAUACUGAGACAGGAAACACAAGAUGAAUAUUUCUUCAGUGGUGGAAAAAGUACCCCAUUUUCAUACUUGAGUAAAAGUAAAGAUACCUUAUUAGAAAAUGACUCAAGUAAAAGUCACCCAGUAAAAUUCCACUUGAGUAAAAGUCUAAAAAUAUUUAGUUUAAAAUAUACUAAGUAUCAAAAGUAAAUGUAAUUGCCAAAAUGUACUUAAGUAUCAAAAGUAAAAGUGUAAAUAAUUUCAAAUUCCUUAUAUUAAGCAAACCAGACGGCACCAUUUUCUAGUUUUUUAUUUAUUUACGCAUGGCCAGGGGCACACUCCAACACUCAGACAUUAUUUACAAAUGAAGCAUGUGUGUUUAGUGAGUCCACCAGAUCAGAGGCAGUAGGGAUGACCACGGAUGUUCUCUGGAUAUGUGGGUGAAUUGGACAAUUUUCAUGUCCUGCUAAGCAUUCAAAACAUAAGUACUUUUGGGUGUCAAGGUAACUAUGGAGUAAAAAGUACAAUAUUUUCUUAAAGAAUGUAGUGAAGUAAAAGUAGUCAAAAAUAUAAAUAGUAAAGUACAGAUACCCCAUAUUGCAGUGUGCAGCUAACCACAUGUACAGGCUAUUUAGGAAAGCCAACAUCUAGAACAUUGCACAGUAGCUUAAAGCAGACACAUUCUUAUGCAAAAUUUUUGUAUUCUUUGUUUUCACCUGAAUCAUUAGCCUCACAACUUACCACAAAUGCAAACCCAUGGCGGGUUACAUUAUUGUUAAUCAACUCUCCUAGCAUUUGCAGCCACGAAGAGAUUUCCACUUAAUUAAACAUCACCUCACUCUGGUUGAACAGGAUACACAUCUCACUUCCCAAGCUCCUUGUACUAACAGAAUAACUUUACCUUAUUGGGAACCUCUUAAGGGUGCUGGGUUCUUGUUAUUGCUGCUGGGGUUUACUGCACAUACCUCCCAGUCACUCAGAAUUUCUCUUUUGAGACAAAGUGAGCUUUCACCCUCCACUAGGAUUUGCCUAGGGCAAAGUCUUAAAGGGAUACUUCUGGAUUUUGGCAAUGAGGCUCUUUGUCUACUUUCCCAGAGUCAGAUGAACUCAUGGAUACCAUUUUUAUGUCUCUGUGUCCAGUUAUAGGUAGUUUCCUGAGCCAAUGCUAACUAGCGUUAGUGCAAUGACUGAAAGUCUAUGGGUAUUGAAAUGUUAGACUAAUCAGAUGACCUAGUCAACUAAAAUGGUAGCUGCUAUCCUUAUGGAGGCACAAGUCAGACACAAGACUUGACAGAAGUAGCAUUGCAUUGUACUAUAGGAAUCAAGAUAUUAAAUAUUCUUAUACAAACCAUGUGCAUUUACAAAAGUGUAAAUAGUUGAAAUGCAGUUUAGAUGAAGAUGUAAAAAGAAACAGCAGCUGUGAUUUUCAAGUUAUUGUUUAGAUAGUGUUUCACUCAUAAGCAGGUCCUGCUCUCUGUUUAAGAUUCCAGUUCAAAUGAUGGGGAAAGCUCAGUGGUUAGUGUGGUUUGGUUUUGGAUCGAUGUAAAUAUUGUGAAAUAGUUGCUUACAGCUUGGAGGUGAGAAUUUUUUAUGUGUAAAAUAAAUGACAAAAUUGUGGGCCAUCACUGAUGAAUGUCAGGGUUCCUGCUCUGCAGUCCCUUUAUUGUUGAUGGAAUUAAAACGUGAUGGAGAUUAUUA